UCAGAGACUUGUUGCGGUUGCAAUUUGCACCUGCUUUGUCACACCACCGUCAACUUGGAAACGGUCUGUCCCCAAUUUGACCCUCAGCCAAAGGCCCAAAGGCAUCAUUCACUCCUUUAUACUGUAUCUAUAGUCUAUAAGUGUCUGGGCGUGUGCGGGGGCUCAAAGGCCGAUGAACCCUCUCCGAGAUAUCUCACAUCCUCAGUCUCCCGUCCCGAACCAAUCAAACCUCACGUCGGGUUCUAACCCACUCAAUGCUCCUUCUGUUGUCCCAGUAGACAACUCCGUCAGCAUCGCUCACCGACAGGAGACUCAGGACAAUCUGAGACAAGCAUCCGUUGCUCUAGAUGCUGCAUAUGAGCGUGUCGCACAACUCAGACACAACAUCAACAAUCUGCUCAACCGGAUGCCACCGGGAUUCGCAGAAGGACGCUCGCCCGCCCGCGGCCGGACCCCAGAGUCCAGUAUCGCACCCCAGCAUGCUGCCUUGGUCCUUACCGGGUCCGAUGCUCCAGAGUCUGACCAGGACUUCAAUAGACGCGUUCAGAGGUUGAGAACUAUUAUCAAUCCCUCUGCCAGGCAGCGCCUGGAAGAUUUCGAAAAUAUGGCAAGACGGAGGAGAGGCUCCACGUCAGAGCGUGCAUCAGAUGUGUCACGCAAUAUAUCCCAGUGGUGGGAUGCACCUGCCGAUGUACCCUCUCGAAUGCUCCCGCCUCGCGCCCGUUCCCCUCCGAUGCCAGACCUAAUUCUUCCUGCAAACAACAGAGCCCGUCUUUCAAACAGUCUGGAAGAACGUUCUGCUUUCCGCAGCGACCAUGGGAUCAUAAAUCCCGAUGAUCCCACCACUAUGAUCGGGCGACAAGUGGCAGCGCGUACUGCCUCAGAGCGUCAGAGCAUCACUCGUCCGUUCGAACAACGACUCCAAGAUCAGACCUCUGUCAUUGCGCGGGAUCUAGCGAGCUUGGCUAGUCGGCUUGUGACGCAGGGAGUCCGCCGCCUUGAAGCUGCUCGGCAAGCAGAGUCUGAGCAGCCAAGCGUGAACGAUAGAUCAAUUUCACAGGGACAAGGGACCUUUGUGGCCCCUUCGGAGACAGAGAUGGACUGGGAACCUACCAUACCACAGUCAAGCAAUGAUCCACUCUUGACUCUAGUGCUUGAUGUUGCAGCUGUGCCCAACUCAUCCAUACAUCCUUCUCAGCCAUCGGGUCGUACGAAUAGGCGGUGGACCAGUGACCACACCGACCGAACGCUACUUAUAGAUGAGCGGGAUCAACGCCCCCCCAGCGUGCCGGAAAGACCGCCACCCCAUUUUCUGAAUGCUAGGUCGUGGCCUAGAGAAGUGACUGCAAACGCUGCAGGUGAAGCUUCGACGUCUUCGGGCUCUGCUAGACGCCGCAGGGGAUGGGGUACGUGGGCGUAAUUACUAAAUAUACUGCUCUGAAGCUCAAUUUCAGCGCGUCUCAAUGCGGAUGGAGAUGAGGUUAUUUCGGAUGACGA